CGUAGCCGUCGAUCUUCAAGACAUUUAGAUCCCUAAUAAGAAGUACUAUAUAAGAGUGACUUCCCUCUACUCGAGCCGUCUGGUUCUGCUCCUUCACUCAUUAUCUCUUGGCCAUCGGCGGGUGAUUUUCUGCUUCACCAAUGGCAGCCGGAUUUUUCAAAUCUCAAAAAACGAAGGCCUACUUCAAGCGGUAUCAAGUAAAGUAUAAGAGGAGAAGAGAGGGAAAGACAGAUUACCGGGCAAGGAUCCGCCUGAUCAAUCAGGAUAAAAACAAGUACAACACGCCUAAGUAUCGCUUUGUUGUCCGCUUUACCAACAAGGACAUCAGUGCACAAAUCAUAUCUGCUAGCAUUGCUGGUGACUUGGUUCUUGCUGCAGCUUAUGCCCACGAACUUCCUCACUAUGGCCUGGAAGUUGGAUUGACAAACUAUGCAGCAGCUUAUUGUACUGGGCUUCUCUUGGCUCGCCGUGUCCUGAAGAGGCUUGAAAUGGAUGAUGAGUAUGAGGGCAAUGUAGAGGCUACCGGGGAAGAUUACUCUGUAGAACCCGCUGAUACCAGGAGGCCAUUCCGUGCUCUGCUCGAUGUUGGUCUUAUUAGGACGACUACUGGAAAUCGGGUUUUUGGUACUCUAAAGGGAGCUUUGGAUGGUGGCUUGGAUAUUCCUCAUAGUGACAAGAGGUUUGCUGGUUUCUCGAAAGACAGCAAGCAGCUUGAUGCUGAUUUGCACCGCAAGUAUAUUUAUGGUGGCCAUGUUGCCUCAUAUAUGAGGAGUUUGAUUGAAGACGAGCCGGAAAAAUACCAGUCUCACUUCAGUGAGUACAUCAAAAGAGGAAUUGAGGCAGAUAACCUUGAGGAUCUGUACAAGAGAGUUCAUGCUGCCAUCCGUGCUGAUCCUACAGUGAAGAAAUCUGAUAAGGAACCACCCAAGGAGCACAAGCGGUUCAACUUAAAGAAGCUCACAUAUGAGGAAAGGAAGAACAAGUUAAUUGAACGAUUGAAUGCCUUCAACUCAGCUGCUGGAGCUGAUGACGAUGAGGAGGAUGAUGAAUGAAGAAGAUAUUGUCAACUAGUUUUGUUUGUUUGAUUAUCCUUUAGGACAGUUGCUGGCUGCGGCUAAAUAUUAAGUUUGUUUUAUCUAUUUGGAGUUUUUGGUUAAUUUUUGCCGUUUCGGAGAUACAGACUAGAAAUGUGAUUCUAAGUUUUUGACUA